UCUACCGCACAGUUAACGUUUUUUGUGUUUUUAUCAGUUUAUAUGCAUGAUUUUCGGUAUAGCUUUUAAUAGAUGCACUGCAAUAUCACUCCGCGUUAGGAGCAGGAGGAGGAGAGAAGCUGUAGCGGGUUCACAAGAAGCAUGGAGGGGCCGGAAUGGGGCUGCCAGGACCCUGAGCCUGUGGAUUAUUGACGGAGCCAAGUUCCCCCUCCCUCCUCCCGUAGCGGAAUGUCUGGGCCCCGCCGGUAACACGAAGAGAUGGGAGCCGUACUGAAGAGUCUGUUGGUGUGCAGCCUGAGCUGCCUCCUGAGGGCAUCUCCAUUACUGCUGUAUGCCAAUCGCCGAGAUUUGAGACUGGUUGAUACUGCCGGCAUGAAGGGGAAUUCCACUGUAGUGGUCAGCGGCUUAGAAGAUGCAGCUGCUGUUGACUUUGUAUUUUUCCGAGGUUUAAUAUAUUGGAGUGAUGUAAGUGAGGAAGCCAUCAAAAGGAUAUAUUUUAACAAGACUGGGAGUACUCAGGACAUUGUAAUAGCGGGUUUGGUUUCACCAGAUGGACUGGCAUGUGAUUGGCUAGGAGAGAAACUGUACUGGACAGAUUCUGAAACAAAUAGGAUUGAGGUUUCUAAUCUGGAUGGGACAUUGCGGAAAGUGGUAUUCUGGCAAGAGCUGGAUCAGCCUCGAGCAAUUGCACUGGAUCCUGCCAGAGGGUAUAUGUAUUGGACGGACUGGGGUGAGGUACCAAAGAUUGAACGAGCUGGUAUGGAUGGAUCAUUGCGGUCGAUUAUUGUGGAAUCUGACCUUUACUGGCCAAAUGGACUAACUUUGGAUUAUGAGGAGCAGAAACUUUACUGGGCUGAUGCAAAGUUGAGCUUCAUUCACAAAUCCAACUUGGAUGGUUCUCUUCGACAGACUGUUGUGAGAGACUCUCUUCCUCAUCCCUUCGCUUUGACUUUGUUUGGGGACACAAUCUACUGGACUGACUGGAAUACGCACUCUAUUCUUGCAUGCAACAAAUACACAGGAGAGGAUCGUCGAGAAGUUGACUCAAAUAUCUUCUCUCCCAUGGACAUUCAUGUGUUCAGCCAGCUGAGGCAGCCAAAUGCCACCAAUCCCUGUGCUGUAAGAAAUGGAGGAUGCUCUCAUUUGUGCCUGAUGUCUCCUUUGAAACCAUUUUAUCAGUGUGCCUGUCCCACUGGCGUGCGUCUCUUGGAUGAUGGAAAGAACUGCAAGGAUGGAGCGACAGAGUUGCUGCUCCUUGCUCGACGAACAGAUCUGAGGCGAAUAUCCCUGGACACACCAGACUUCACAGAUAUUGUCUUACCUUUGGAUGAUAUCCGCCAUGCUAUUGCUAUAGACUAUGACCCUGUGGAAGGCUACAUUUAUUGGACAGAUGACGAGGUGCGAGCAAUUAGACGCACUUUGAUAGAUGGCACAUCUAGCCAAUUUAUUGUUACUUCUCAAGUUUCCCAUCCUGAUGGAAUUGCUGUAGACUGGGUGGCCCGGAAUUUAUACUGGACAGACACAGGCACAGACCGUAUUGAGGUAACACGGUUAAAUGGAACCAUGCGUAAAAUUCUUAUUUCAGAGGACCUAGAUGAACCAAGAGCAAUUGUUCUGGAUCCUAUGAAUGGGUAUAUGUAUUGGACUGACUGGGGGGAAAUACCUAAAAUAGAGCGAGCAGCAAUGGAUGGCUCUGACAGAGUGAUUCUCGUGAAUACUUCUCUUGGUUGGCCAAAUGGUUUAGCCCUAGAUUAUACAGAAGGCAAGAUCUACUGGGGAGAUGCCAAAACAGACAAAAUUGAGGUCAUGACAACGGAAGGAGCUGGCAGAAGAGUACUAGUGGAAGACAAACUGCCUCAUAUAUUUGGUUUCACGUUGCUUGGUGAUUAUGUGUACUGGACAGAUUGGCAAAGACGUAGCAUUGAGAGAGUCCACAAACGCACAGCUGAGCGGGAGGUUAUUAUAGACCAACUUCCUGAUUUGAUGGGAUUAAAGGCUACCAAUAUUCAUGUCCUUUCAGGGACCAAUGCAUGUGCUGAUAACAAUGCAGGCUGCAGUCACCUUUGUCUUUACCGGCCACAGGGGCCACGUUGUGCUUGCCCUAUUGGCUUGGAGUUAAUCAAUGAUAUGAAGACCUGCAUUGUUCCUGAGGCCUUCCUCCUCUUCUCUCGCAGAGCCGAUAUCCGUCGCAUCUCUUUGGAAACCAACAAUAACAAUGUUGCUAUCCCUUUAACUGGAGUGAAGGAGGCAUCUGCACUAGAUUUUGAUGUAACCGAUAACAGGAUCUACUGGACAGACAUUAGUCUAAAGACCAUAAGCAGAGCAUUUAUGAAUGGCAGUGCCCUGGAACAUGUUGUGCAGUUUGGCUUGGAUUAUCCAGAGGGAAUGGCAGUGGAUUGGUUGGGAAAAAAUCUCUACUGGGCAGAUACUGGAACCAAUCGGAUUGAAGUGUCAAAGCUGGAUGGACAACACAGACAGGUUCUUGUGUGGAAAGAUCUAGACAGCCCACGUGCCCUUGCUCUUGAUCCAGCAGAGGGAUUUAUGUACUGGACUGAAUGGGGUGGGAAGCCCAAAAUAGACAGAGCAGCCAUGGAUGGAUCUGAGCGCAGCACAUUGGUGCCCAAUGUAGGACGUGCCAAUGGGCUGACAAUAGAUUACGCUGAGAGGAGGCUUUACUGGACAGAUCUGGACACCAACCUCAUUGAGUCCUCAAACAUGCUAGGACUGGACCGUGAGGUGAUAGCAGAUGACCUGCCACACCCCUUUGGUUUGACUCAGUACCAAGACUAUAUAUAUUGGACAGACUGGAGCCGGCGUAGUAUUGAAAGAGCAAACAAGACAAGUGGGCAGAACCGAACCAUUAUACAGGGUCAUCUGGAUUAUGUAAUGGACAUUCUGGUAUUUCACUCUUCCCGGCAGGCCGGGUGGAAUGAAUGUGCUUCUAGCAAUGGACACUGCUCGCACCUCUGCUUGGCCAUGCCUGUGAAUGGCUAUACCUGUGGAUGUCCUGUUCAUUAUUCCUUGAACGCAGACAACAAAACAUGUAGUGCUCCCAGUUCUUUCCUGCUUUUUAGCCAGAAGAAUGCCAUAAAUCGCAUGGUGAUAGAUGAAUUGCAGAGUCCAGACAUUAUCCUCCCUAUUCAUAAUCUGCGCAAUGUCCGCUCUAUAGACUAUGAUCCACUAGAGAAGCACCUUUAUUGGAUUGACUCACGGCAAAAUAUACGCAGAGCCUUGGAGGAUGGUAGCCAGAGCAUGACUGUGGUAGCAAACACAAUUCCUAACCAGAACAUGGACAUGCAGCCAUAUGACAUGAGUAUCGAUAUCUAUAGCCGUUUUAUCUACUGGACCUGUGAGGCCACCAAUGUUAUUAAUGUCACACGCCUUGAUGGGAGGGCCAUCGGAGUGGUACUAAAGGGUGAACAAGAUCGUCCAAGGGCUAUUCUGGUGAAUCCUGAACGAGGAUAUAUGUAUUUUACCAAUCUGCAAGAACGCUCAGCAAAAAUAGAAAGAGCUGCUCUAGAUGGCACCGAACGGGAGGUUCUCUUUUUCACGGGCCUGAGCAAACCUAUUGCCCUUGCACUGGACAACAAAAUGGGGAAACUUUUCUGGGCUGAUUCAGACCUGCGGCGAAUAGAGAGCAGUGACUUAUCUGGUGCCAACCGUAUUGUUCUUGAAGAUUCCAAUGUGCUGCAACCAGUUGGACUAACAAUUUUUGGAGAUCACCUGUACUGGAUAGACCGCCAGCAGCAGAUGAUUGAACGUAUUGAAAAGACAGGUCGGGAGGGACGCACUAAAAUCCAAGCUCGCAUACCACUCCUAACAGAUAUACAUGCUGUAACUGAGCUGGGAAUGCAGGAGUACAAAGAACACCCUUGUUCUCAGGAUAACGGAGGAUGCUCUCACAUCUGCAUAGUGAAAGGGGAUGGAACCACUCGCUGCUCAUGUCCCGUGCACCUAGUCCUUCUCCAGGAUGAGUUGUCUUGCGGAGAACCACCCACCUGUUCCCCUUCACAAUUCACUUGUUUCACUGGAGAAGUAGACUGUAUACCUGGGGACUGGCGAUGUGAUGGGUUUACGGAGUGUGAAGAUCAGAGUGAUGAACAGAAUUGCCCAAUGUGCUCAGACACACAGUACCAAUGUGCCAGCGGACAGUGCAUCGAUGCGCCUUUACUUUGUAAUGGAGAGGCCAAUUGCCAAGACAAGUCUGAUGAAAAGAACUGCAACGUGCUCUGUUCUCCGGACCAGUUUCAUUGUGGCAGUGGACAGUGCAUUGGGAAACACAGACGCUGUGACCAAAAUCUAGACUGCAGUGAUCGUUCUGAUGAGCUGGGCUGCCACCCAACAGAAGAGCCACCACCUCCAUCAACAAAUACAAUUGGUUCCAUCAUUGGUGUAAUACUCACAGUAUUUGUGGUGGGGGGAGUUUAUUUUAUGUGCCAGCGUGUCCUUUGUCCUCGUAUGAAAGGAGAUGGCGAAACCAUGGCUAAUGACUAUGUGGUGCAUGGACCAGCUUCUGUCCCUCUUGGAUAUGUACCUCAUCCAAGCUCUCUUUCUGGGUCUCUUCCUGGUAUGUCUCGUGGAAAAUCUGUAAUCAGCUCUUUGAGCAUUAUGGGUGGUAGCAGCGGACCCCCUUAUGAUCGAGCUCAUGUGACUGGUGCAUCUUCCAGCAGCUCCUCCAGUACCAAAGGAACUUACUUCCCCCCUAUUUUAAACCCACCUCCCUCACCAGCCACUGAGCGUUCACAUUACACCAUGGAAUUUGGAUAUUCCUCUAACAGCCCCUCAACGCACAGAUCCUACAGCUACAGACCUUACAGCUACAGACAUUUUGCACCUCCAACUACUCCCUGCAGCACAGAUGUGUGUGACAGCGAUUAUACACCAAGCCACCGUCUCACCUCUGUAACAGCCAAGGGUUACACCAGUGAUCUGAACUAUGACUCUGAACCUGUCCCGCCACCCCCAACUCCACGCAGUCAAUACUUGUCCGCAGAGGAAAACUACGAGAGCUGCCCUCCUUCUCCUUAUACAGAACGCAGCUAUUCACACCAUCUUUAUCCUCCUCCUCCCUCUCCUUGCACAGACUCUUCCUGAGACCUAUCCAUUUGUAAUUAUUGAACUCUGCCCUCUCUGCGAGGUUUGGCUUCUUGAGAGGACUAUCCAUUCACAGCACUCUUAAUGUUAAGAAAUGUCCAACUCUAGAGGAGGGUUGGAGGGUCUCAGAUCAUGGACAUUUUGUACAGAGAUGAAAAAAAGGAUAUUUAUAUAUUUUCUUAACUUUUCCUUAUCCCUUUCCAACUUGUGCCAUAAUUAAAUAAACCCUCCAAAAUCAAGACACAUACAGUAAAUUCAAAGCUUUUCUAUAAAAGGAAGGAUUCCUGCAACAUAUAGACAAUAAUUUGUACAAAUAUAUAUUAUAAAUAUAUAUAUAAAUAUAAAUAUCUAUUUUUGCAAACUAAACACACAAAAUGCCUUAAAUCAAAUGGAGAGGCUGAUGAAGAGGUCUUAAUACCAAAAAUCUAAAUGAUUGAAGACAGGAAAGCUAUUGAGAUACACUGAGUGAAAUCCAAUGAUGGACCUGGAACACCCUUCACUGAGGGAGCAAUGACCCCCUGUCAAAAGUGCAACCAUGCAGUGACACUAAUAUGGAUAAAUAUAUCUGUGACAUGGUGAAUUCAAAGCUUCCAUGCAUUUUAUACAUUUAUAAAGAAGUUUUAUUUUAAUUUGUCACUGGGUGCAGCUGGUAUUUGUAGGGUUACAAAAUAUAAAGGAAAUUGAGCAAUGAUUCUAUAACUCUGUAUAGACUUAAAUUUUGUGAGAGCUCAUUGGAAUGAAACCUCAUUUCAGACAGUCCUUGGUUACAUUUUUGGACCUACUUUAUGAUCUUGUCUCACUUCGGCCCAACUGAUUUAGAUUGUCUAGUCUAUAUAGUUAUAGUUUGACUGUUUGAUCCCUAUGUAUUUGGCAUUCUAGAGUGCACCCAAAAUGUAAUAUUUAUUUAUUUUUCAUAAACGUAAUUGUUUUAACUUCAUUUUAAUUUAUAUAUGCAUUUUAAGCUCCUUUAAGUUUGCUUGUAUCAACAAGAGCCAAAUUAUGUGCAAGCCCGUUUUUAAUGAAGCUACACCUCAUUGCAACAGUCAGUAGUUCUAUUUUAAAUGCCACUAACUACACAGCGCACAUUGAAAAAUACCACUAUCCUUCCUUGGAAGGAGACCAAGGAAUUGUGGGGAAAAUGAGUGCUCCUGUUAACAUUUACAUGUGUUCACCAAAGUAGCAUUUUAAUGUGUUUUAAACAUAUUGCUGUCAGAUUUGUCAAAGGCUUUUCUCCGACAACAGAAUGGUUAAAUAUUUUUUGUGAACUUGCAAAUGUUUUUUAUACCGCAUAUGAUGUAGAUACAUAUUCUAUUUAUAAACACUGUGUAACAUUUUAAUACUCUUGUUUAUGAAUCUUAUAUCCUUGCAGUAUGUUUUGCAAAAAGUGGUUAUUAUAUCAUUAUACAUUUUAGUAAGGUACAUUCUGUGUCUGCAUUGGGUUUUCUGGUGGUAUCUACCUAACUCUUAAGUAGGACAAAUGCCACUUGAAAGCUUGUCUUGCUUAUCCAUAAGUAAACCUAAUUGCUUAUUUUUCUCAGGGUGCAACCCCCCCCUAUUCAUAUAGUUGUAGUUCAUUUAACAGCUUUAUUUCCCAUGUAACAUUAGGCAACUAUACACAUGGAAUUGCAUUACUUGUUCCACACCACACAGGUUUCUUAAUGUUUUUUUUUUGUUUUGUUUUUUUUUGUUCAGCCACCAAUUUUUCUGUCAUCCUCUGUUGUAUACAAAAAUUACAAAUGACUAUGAAACUGUACCUUAACCACUAAACUCCACUGUGCCAGAUGGAGGCGCACUGUUAUAUAGGGACAUUAGUUAUUUGAUCUUAGAAAGCUCUUAAUUUUACAUCGAGGCAACUAACAUCCAUUUUUUUUUUUUAUUUUUUUUUAUUUUUUAUUAUUAUUAUGAGGAAUACAUGACCAUCCUCUAUAACACACAAUUCUUAUUAGCAGGUUUCCCCCCCUUUUCCUGUUUGCAGACCUGUAAUCUGUGAGAUCUUUCUCUCUUUCUUUCUUUCUUUUCCUCCUUUUUUUUUCCUCCCUCUUUUUUUUCCUCCCUCUUUUUUUUCUCCCUCUUUUUUUUCCUCCCUUUUUUUUUCCUCCCUCUUUUUUUUCCUCCCUCUUUCCGCUCUCUAUCUCUCUCUCAUAUAAUUUUUUUUAGGGGUUUAAUAUUUGCUUCCCCAUUUCCCUUUCUAUCGACUGGUAAACUGAUCUGGCACCUGUUUUUUUGCUGUCUCACAAGUUCACACCCUGCAUCUAGGAUAUUUAUUAAGCUAUAGAUGUGACAUGCAAGUUUGGAUACUUUAACCACAAUGAUUAUCCAGUAAAUCCAAUAGAAAGAGUUCUUGCUUGUGACCUUAGUAUAUUGAAUACAACAGAAAUGUAAAUAGGCAACAUUCAGCAGUAUACAUGUUCACUGGCUCUUUUAAUGGAUAUUGUGAAAAAAAUGCUCUGAACCCCUCUCCCCUUGCAUUCAACCAAGGUUAAGAUAUUUUAGCCUUUUCUGAAAUCUUGAAAUACUAUUAGGUUACACAGGUACCCUACAAUUUCUUUUUGGUCACUAAUGGUUAUGAUAAUAUUCACUGUAAUAGUCUAUUAUUUGGGUAGAAGAAUUCUACACAUGAAAGUGAUCACAUUAUGGACUACUCAAGUUGAGUUUUCUGUAUUGUAUCUCUCUUUUUUUUUUAGUAUUUAGCAAAAUUGUAGAGAUUCAGUCUUAAAGAUUGAAAUUAAACUGAGCUAAAGCCAGGGUGGGGCUAUCAUUGGUGCAGCAGGUGCUGUGUCACCAGGGUCCAAGUACUGGGGGGGCCCACAGCAGCUAGUAUAUACAUAGAUGUGUCGCUUUGUGGUCAUUAUCUGUAUAUAGAUACUCGCACAUUUACAUCAUUAUACAGUGCAGUGUUCAAUAUUACUGUUUUAAAUAUAUUAUUACUCAAAAUCAUUAUACAGAGAAGAAUGUAUAUUACUGAGUUACCUUUGUGGAAGGGGCAAAAGCAUACGGGCCUUCUGUUGAGUAGGUCUGCUACUGAGCUAAAGUGUAAACCUGAUCUGCAUGUAUCAAUGCAAAAAAGAAGAAAAAUAAUCAGCUGUAUUUACUUUUUCUAGUAUGGUGAGACGGUUUUCUAAAUAAAGGGGAUACAAUACUCAGAUUUUCUGGUCAUGUCUAUAAAAGACCUGCAUUUAAACAUGUUAAAAUAACUUUUAGGUAUCUAUUGCUCACUGGCUAAUACUGAAAACUCCUAUUGGGAAAUAAAUAAGUUGGUUUAACAGACGAGGAUCAAUUUUCCAUAACACACAGCACUGUAUUAUAGUAAUUUUAUAGUUAUACAGAUCAGUUUUGAGCAUAAGAAUACCCCAUGCUUAUGUCUCAGAUAUCAAAUGAGAAGGAAACUUGGGACAUGUUAAAUAACGCUACCUUUCUCAUUACAGACUGGCUUUUUUAUUUUAAAAAGAAAGCACUGUGGAUGGUUUAUUUUUAUGGGAUUUUUAUGUUUUGAAGUGUUAACUUAUUUUUAUUUGCUCAUAUUAAAUAUAUCAUUUUUAAAGAAUUACUGCUCUAACACUAACAAGGUCUAGGGUUAAGUACUCGUUUUAGUGGCAAUUUCAUCAUGUUUAUUUUUGUUAGGUACAGGCAAGCCCCCAGGUUACGAACAAGAUAGGUUCUGUAGGUUUGUUCUUAAAGGGACAGUUUUGUCAAAAAUAAACUUUCAUGAUUCAGAGAUAGAAUGUAAUUUUAAACAGUUUUCCAAUUUACUUUUAUAUCCAAUUUUGCUUUGUUCUUUUGGUAUUCUUAGUUGAAAGCUAAACCUAAGAGGUUCAUAUGCUAAUCUCUAAGCCCUUGAAGGCUGCCUCUUCUCUCAGCGGUUUUUGACAGUUUUUCACCACUAGAGGGCGUUAGUUCAAGUUUGUCAUAUAGAUAACACUGUGCUCACGCACGUGGAAUUCCAGUGAGCCAGCUCUGAUUGGCUAAAAUGGAUGUCUGUCAAAAGAACUGAAAUAAGGGGGCAGUUUGUAGAGGCUUAGGUACAAGGUAAUCACAGGGGUAAAAAGUGUAUUUAUAAAACUGUGUUGGUUAUGCAAAACUAGGGAAUGGGUAAUAAAGGGAUCAUCUAUCUUUUCAAACAAUAAAAAUUCUGGUGUAGACUGUCCCUUUAAGUUGAAUUUGUAUGUAAGUUGGAACAGGCACCUUUUUGUAGGUGAAACUCAAGGCAAACAUUUUUUUUUAGUUUUGGAUAGCAUAGGGAAAAGUUUUUGUUUUUUUUUGGUUUUUUUUUAUAUAUCUUUGCCCCUGUUCAGAAAAUUUCAUCACUUUCUGUCCUUGUGUGACAAUUGGACUUUUAGUAUUUUGGCUUAUCCUGGAAAGGAUUGGUGAUAAAGCUCUAUUUUCUCCGUUUGUAAGUUAGAGUUUUAUUUAAAUCGGAUAUCUGUAACCCGGGGACUGCCUGUAUUCCCUUUCUGUAAUAUCAACAGCUUUAAUGUAACUUUAGUUCACACCAAAGAAAGUUGCAACAGCUUUCAUAUCCAUGAUAGAAAAGUUUUGGGCUUCAUGUCUGAAAAGCUACAGAUAAUAUGUAGCUUGCUACCUUUUAUUAGCAAAAAAGUACUGGCCAUUUUAAUUUUGUAAAAUUAUUCGCUAUCAUCCAUAAAUAAAUCUUACAAGAUUGAAUAAAAAUAACCAUUGUGAGACCUGCUCCAGCUAUAUACCUUUUUUUCCGUGUUCCUUAUUUCAUAUAUUGGCUUUAACCCUUAGAUAUUGGGUGGCAAAUAUGGAUAUUUUUAUUUUUCAAACUUUUGAAAAACUGCAGGCUAAUAUUCCCCCCACACACACACAGACACACUAUAUUGGUAUUUUACAUCAUAAGACUCAGUUGCAAAAUAGGCAUUUUCAUCCGUAUGUAGCAGUUUGUGUUUUUUACUUGCUAAUGCUGGCGGAAUGCUUAGCUCCUGGCUUGUGGUAACUUUUACAGUAGAGGGGAAACCAACACAUUCUCUGCAGAGCAUUCUUUUUAAUCAUAAAUCUAUAGCGAUUGCAAUUUGUACUAAUAGUAUUUGGGCUGAAAGCUUUACAUACUGAAAUGUCAUCUAAUUGUGUAUGGUUAGCAGACAAAAAGAAUUAGAACAUUUAAAUUUAGAUCACCUCAUUAACUACUUGUAUUGGUAACACAACCACAUUAUUUCAAGUUCAUCUACACUUUUGAAAUGUUGAGUUUCUAUACAGAAUAAUACCUCUUCCAUCCUUAUACAUGCUAUACACUUUAUUGCAGUAUUCACUUGCAGAAUAAGCUGUUUGAUGUCUCUAGUCACUGCAAUGUGUAUUAUAAGUAAAUUGGAAAAAUAUAACUACAAAUGAUUUGCUCCAAUCGUGACAUUUUGAUUUGGUUUAAAUUGUUCAUAGACUUUGUAAGAGUCACUGCCUAGGUCUUAAGUUUAGCUUUACAGAAAACUUCAAUGAGUAGAGGGGAUUGCACCAAAUUUUAUUAUAACCUCUAAGUGAAGGACUAUCUCUGUUUUAUAUUUAGCUUGGCUUAACUGCUCAUUUGUCCCGUUUUAUUUUGUUUUUGUUUGUUUUUUCCUCCUCCUGCCGCUGGUACUACAGAUCUGCACAAGGAUGUAUUAUGCUACUGACCAACAUUUGGUCAUUUCACAGCCACUUGUUCGCUUUUUUCUUUUUGUUUUGUAAAAUAAGUGCUUUACUUUGUAAGCUGUGUAUAAUUAAAAAAAAAAAAAUCAAAAUUACCUUGUAAAAAAAGUUUCAUUAUUACUAUAAGCUGAAUUGUAACAAAAGAAAUUUGAUUUUUAUAAUAAAACAAAAAUGUAAAAUCUGA